UGAGAAAGAAAAUCACGGAUAGCUCCCUCGUGCUGAGCGGCGUGCAUGGAAACGUCCAAACUGAAACAUGCUUUUAUGAAGUGCAUAUGAAGAGAUCGAACUUCUGCUGGUCCAUUUUUUCUUCGGAAGAGAAACAAACUAUCAGUCCACGCAAAACUCAGUCGAAAAAAUGGAGUGCAGAGAAAGAACACAUGAAACCCUAAAGGAAAAACUACGGGCACAUUACCAAACGAAAGAUAAGAUCUUUCAACCAGAUCCGAAGAAUGCCAACUCGUUUGGGGUGGGCUUUUUUCUCUAUAUGAGUUUUGUGCUGUUGGGGGAAGCUUUCUUCAUUCUCCUGCCAACUCUCUUCCAAGAACCGUCUCUAUGGGGAGCUGUCAUGUCCGCGCUGAUAUUAUUUGUGUUUGUUCAAACGAUGUUAAACUGGAUGCUAUCAAGGAAAAAGACGUCUGUUGUUGUUGCAUCGAUGCGGGACCAGGCCGUUGAGCUCACAGGUGCGGAUGCCAUACAAAGCCCGCCGGGGUGGCAGACUUGCCUGAAGUGUCAGCUGGAGGCGCCUCCUCGAUCACACCACUGUAACCUAUGUGGUGUCUGUGUGCUGAAGAGAGACCACCACUGUUUUUUUACUGCUUCCUGCGUAGGAUUUCACAACCAGAGGAGAUUCAUUGUACUUUUAUUCUACAUUACAUUAGCCAACAUCAUCGCUGCCGUGCUGCAGUUUUUGUAUCUGGAUCAAGCCAUGCCAUUCCUCUCUAUGGAGUUCCUUAAUUACAUCCCUAUGGUAACAGUGUAUCGAUGGCUAAUUGUUGGAGAUAUCUCUACCUGGGUUAUGUGUGUGGUCGUCCACCUUUAUUUGACCCUUUUCUGUCUGGCAGGAGCUGUGUUUUUCCUUGUGUGGCAGUUUGUUGUUGUAUUUCGUGGACAAACAAGUCACGAGGCUUGGAAGAACAUUUCAGUGUACCAGACUGGUAUACUAGAUGGAUGGCGUUCCACCUUCGGGCCAUAUGGCAUGGUGCAUUUUCUCUUUCCUUUUCAAAUUGACCUACAGCAGGAUGGAAUCAACUGGGAAAGUUCCAUGAGACUGAAAAGCAAUUAAGAUGUAAUCACAUUCCUCAUACUGACUAACCAAAGCAUCAUAAUCUUUCAGCUUAAGAAUGUGUACUUUUUCACAGAUGAAUUGCUCAAAACUCUUGAGUGCUGAGGUUGUUACAUGUUAAUGAGGGUAGCAAGUAAGAUACAGUAAAAUGUUUACAUUUGCUGUUAAGGAAGCAAAUGUGAGGAAUUCAACUGAGUAUAGUAUGUAGAAUCUUGAUAUUCUGUGGAGUACAAAUUAAGUCUGCAUGGACAUUGAAUAACUAUCAUCCAAAGAGUGGCAAGAUAGUUAACUUUGAGUUUAUUACUCGAGGUCAUUACGCUGUGCCUAGGCCUUCUUUUACCACCAAAUCACCCCAUGAAGUCAUUACUACAUUGUUGCAAAUAAUUCAACAAUCCGCAUUUACCCAUUAUGUGUGAUUUACUAUACCAGUAUAAAUACAAAUUUAUUAGAAAGCUUUUAUGAAGCAGUCCAGUUGACAAAAUGGUCGGUGACAAGCCUUGGAAAACAUGUACCUCGGUUUUCUUGCCUUUUCACAGUUUAUUCCACUGAUUUUUUACAUUACGAAAAAAAAAACUAGACUUUAUUUUUGCUGAUGUGCUUUAUAUGUCUGAAUACUCAAUAACAUUGUAUUCCUGGUUGUACACCAAACUGAAGCAGUAUACUAAUCUUCAUUUGUAGCCUUGUGAGGUUAUUGGUCAGUGAGGUCACUCAGAUGGGCUUAAGAUGUGAUUCCACUCAACUUACCGUACAUAGUUGGCCCCUUAUGCCUGCUGUCCAUAUGACUGCAAGGUUGAACUGCAUACACAAGAAAUAUUCUAGUAUUGUUGUCAUUUCGCCUACAGAAGUACUUACAGUCCCAUGAAAAGCUCUGACUCUUGUAUGCCAAGUUUUAAAUGCUGAUACCACAGAUCUUAGUUUCUGUGAUCAGUGUGAAUAAAGUAGACGUUCACAAUUUCAUAGCAUACAGUUACAUAUAUUGACAUAGGUUUUAACCCGUUGUUCUAUAUUUUACAUUAAUGAGAAGUCCAUUAACCAACUACUGUUCUAUUUGUUGCUUUCAAAGAGGUUUUUUUUCAGUAUUUGAUUUUGUCAUGGUUUCUGGUUUUAUACAGGUAUUUUGUGAAUUAGUAUUCAUUAAAUUUACCAAUCAGCAAAGCUGGCAUUUAUGUACCUCUUAUUUAUAGUAAGUGAUAGUAGGUGUUGCUAACCUAAUACAUUAAUUCCUUAAUAACAUAAUUCUCCUACAGAACAAGGACAAUAAAAUGUAUCCAUUACAGCAGAGAUGCUAGCAUGCAAGAGCAUAAGUGCCUACUAU